AUGAAAAAUUGUUGUGCUCGUGAAUGCACUACAUCACGUGGUACAGACUGCAACCCAAUUCUCCAUUGUUUUCCCAAUCCUGAAAAGGAAUGUGACAGAUUUCAAGCUUGGAUUCAGUCAAUUGGAGGACCUUUAUUGAUCUUGGAUAGCCAAUACAUUUAUAACAACAGAAAAGCCCUAAACUUUCAGGUUCUACCGACUGCUCUAUCCACAAUUCAACUCUGGUUAAACCAUCAAAAUCCACAGGUUCCACACUUAAAAGGUCUUUGUCAGGUAUUAACAAUGAAUCAGUCCACAAUCCAACACUGGUUAAACCAUCAACAAACACAGUUGGGCACAUCACAUAUGAAUAAAAUAACAAAAAUCAGGUAUGAAUAUUUUCGCGAUAAGAUACGACGCGACGAGGAGGCGAAUAAGAGCCUGAAGGAUUCGGAACAGAACCUUUCCAGCGGCGGCAGCUACUAUGAAGCGUGCGGAGAUGACGAUAACGUGCUGGUGGUGCCUCUGAAGACCAGGGUGAAUGGGGUGCUCGAGACGGUGCAGCAAAAGGUCGUUAGCCACGAGUCCUAUCUAGCAGUUAAGGAGGAGCUGAAGGAUGCAAAGGAGGUCGUGGAUGUACUCAAACAAAAGGUCGAACACCUUGACAUUCUGUUAAAACUCAAAGACGAAAGAAUAGAGGAGCUACAGAAGCAACUCGAGAGGAAACAAUCCAGGCGCAGAGAAGCGGAAUCGCUGCAGAGCAAUUCGUCCCUACCGUACGACCCCUUGCCGGAAGAGGAGCAAACUAUAAUUCCCGUCAAAUUUGAACCUACCAAAGCGAUGGACAUUUCCAGGAUCCCAAGACUGGAAGAAUGGAAGAUAGUGUUGCCAAAGGCAGAUUUGGCGAAGACCGCCUCGAGACAUUCAACGGACAUCAAAAAGGAGGAAAUAGAAAGGGAACCGAGUGUUGCCAUCGACAGCGCAAAUUUGGACGAUUUUAGGGGGGUCGAAGGGGCCGAUUUGAAGGAGAGCCAAGACGCGGACGAAUUCAAAGACAGCGAGGAGACCAUUGCAGGCGCGGUGGCGCUGAACAUUGAAAUCACGACCGAAAACGGUCCCCAAAUCACUGUGAUA